UCAAAAAAUGGACGGCCGAGACUUGGAGGAUGGAAAAGGCACCAUUUCGGUAGAUUCGGUGACACUGCGACGGUACUUUCAGAGUAUAAAAAGCCUCACCGCUUUUCUUGGACGAUAGGGCAAAGAGAGCUAACAGACCACGAAUAUCCGAAGCUUGAGAUUGCAAGAUGGCAGCAACAUCAACGGCAAAUUUUUUUACCACAUCAACUGCUUCAUGCAACUCCAAGCCAUGUAUGGUUUCGAAAUCAAAGCCAUUUGGUUUGCGAUUCAACUCUCCUAACUAUCUUAGGAAUUUCAGCGGUCUCAAGGCAGCAACAUCUGUAAGCUGUGAAUCCGAGUCCUCUUUUUUGGGCAAGGAAAGUACUGCUGCUUUUAGAGAUUCUUUUGCACCCAAAGCUGUAAAGCAAAACAGUGACUCCAUCACUCGUUUUCAGCCUCGUGCUUCAUCUUUCAAAGUGGCCAUUCUUGGAGCUGCUGGAGGGAUUGGUCAACCCUUAGCACUUCUCAUCAAGAUGUCUCCAUUGGUCUCUACUCUGCAUCUGUAUGAUAUAGCAAAUGUCAAAGGAGUCACAGCUGAUCUGAGUCACUGCAAUACCCCCUCUCAGGUUCUGGGUUUCACAGGAGCAGCUGAAUUACCCAAUUCUUUGAAAGGUGUAGAUGUGGUUGUCAUUCCAGCCGGGGUUCCAAGAAAACCGGGAAUGACCCGUGAUGACCUCUUUAACAUCAAUGCCAACAUAGUGAAGGAUUUGGUCGAGGCUGUUGCUGAUACCUGCCCUGAUGCCUUCAUUCACAUCAUCAGCAACCCAGUCAAUUCAACAGUUCCAAUUGCUGCUGAAGUUCUGAAGCAGAAGGGUGUCUAUGAUCCGAAGAAGCUAUUUGGUGUUACAACUCUGGAUGUCGUUAGGGCAAACACAUUUGUAGCACAGAGGAAGAAUCUGAAACUCAUUGAUGUUGAUGUCCCAGUGGUGGGCGGACAUGCUGGGAUCACUAUUCUACCACUCCUGUCAAAGACAAAACCGUCAGUGAGUUUCACUGAUGAAGAAGUGGAAGAGUUGACUGUAAGGAUCCAGAAUGCUGGGACUGAAGUUGUGGAGGCAAAGGCAGGUGCAGGCUCUGCAACACUGUCUAUGGCAUAUGCUGCUGCCAGAUUUGUCGAGUCAUCUCUCCGUGCUCUGGACGGAGAUACAGAUGUGUAUGAAUGCUCAUACGUGCAGUCAGAGCUGACCGAACUCCCUUUCUUUGCAUCCAGAAUUAAGCUCGGAAAAAAGGGGGUUGAAGCUGUGAUACCCUCUGACCUCCAAGGACUGACUGAGUACGAAGCUAAGGCCUUGGAGGCUCUUAAGCCAGAGUUGAAGGCCAGCAUCGAGAAGGGCAUAGCAUUUGCUAAUAAGCAGCCAGUGACUGCUUGAGGCUUGCAGUUGUGGUGGACCAAGGUCGAACAAUGAAGGAAAGAUGUUGCCCAUCCAUUUUUGUCACUGGUUUCAGUUUUGUAGGGUAGAAGAUUAAGGCAUAGCUUUAUAUUGAGUGGCAUUUUUCCUUAUACCUGAAAAUUCAGAUUCGGGAACAGAGUUAUGGUGUAAUUUAUAAAACCAUUCUGGCCCUGCAUUACCUUUCCAACCUUCAGCCCAUUUCAAAUGGUAUUGAUAAUUUAUACCAUUUUCACCCAAAA